AAAAUAAUGGGAUACUCACAAAAACUAACUUCUUCAGCUUGUAACAAAUUACAUACUUAAAUUGUUAUACACAGAAAAUUAAAAGGUCAGAUUUUCAAAAAAGAAAAAUGGGGAGGAAGCAUAUCCACUUAGUAGCUUUUUUCUUCUUGGCCACAGCGGUCGUGCAAAUGGUUUAUGUGAACGCACAAUGUAUCACAACGGGUAACGCGUGUACUACUCCAAAUAACUGUUGUCAAACACCAGUGGAACUUGCGUGUGUGAUGGGCGUUUGUACAAAUUGUGAAGAUCACGUAGGACAUUCAUGUACCCUUGGUGUACGUGAAUGUUGUAAUGCUGAAAUAGCAUGCAAAAAUAGUAUUUGCACAAAUUGUGAAGAGCACGUAGGACAUUCAUGUACCCUUGGUGUACGUGGAUGUUGUGAUGAUGAAAUAGCAUGCAAAAAUAGUAUUUGCACAAAUUGUGAAGAGCACUUAGAUCAUAGUUGUACCAUUGGAACACGUGAGUGUUGUAAUGAAGAAUAUGCGUGUGUAAACAACAAAUGCACGGAUUGUGAGUCGCACGAAGGGCAUCCUUGUGCCGUUGAUGGUUCACGUGAUUGUUGUCCUGGAAGUGGACUUGUUUGUGCUCAAGCUUCUCCAGGUGUUUUCAAGUGUAUGUAACACUUGAACAAACUUACUUCAUCGAUAUAUCUUUAUGUAUUUCGAUCUAAUUUGGAUUAUAUUUAUGUAUGUCUUCGUCCUUGGUGUGUGCCGGUACGUACCAUCUUAAGAGAUGUACCAACUGUUCAUUUUGUUGUUUGAAUACUGGCAUAUAUGGUGAUCUCAUCAUCUAGCUUGCAUGGUUAUACUUCCCUUGGAGUAUUAGCUUUAGCAACUAAUAUGUGUUAUGUAUCAAU